AUGGAUAUUGCCUACGAAAGCUUUGUCGAUUCGGAACCUUUUAAAUUCCUCGUUGGUCCAACAGCAAAACCUUUCUACAUGCAUGGCAGACUUGCUACAAAGCUGUCUGACCGCAUGGCUGCCCUGUUCGGAGGAGGCAUGAAGGAAGCACAGAAUCGAUAUGCAUUGUUGAAGGAUACGGAUGAAGAGACUUUUGUUCGCGUCAUCCAAUUUGCCUAUACAGGUGACUAUGCUGUCGCCGAGCCAAAGUCAGAUAGCGUUCCCUCCACAGCAGACAAUGACGAUGAUAUCCCUGCUCCACCAGCUGAAGAACCAGUCUCCUGUGACGACGCUCCAACCGCGGAGCCUGCUCAAAGUUUGGGCUUCUGGGGCGAGAGUUGCUCCUACAAGAAGAAAAGCAAGAAAGGCAGAAAGAAUAACGCCUUCUAUUCAGAAACCUUCGAAGACACUGGUUCUCCAAACCCCUUCGAAAAUGGGAGGUCAAAGGGUGAAAAGGCGUGGGACUCUUUCAAGACCAAAGCACACUUAAAGGGGAUUAUGUGCUGGGAUCCGGAAGUCAAUGAAGACCAACAUCAGGAUUACACAUCUGUCUUCCUGUGUCACGCCAAACUCUACGUCUUUGCCGACCAGUAUUUCAUUGAGCCGCUCCAGGAACUGGUCCUACAGAAGCUCCGACUCACCUUGUCAAGAUUCAAGCUGCAUCAGCAGCGGGUCGGCGACGUUGUCGAGUUAUUGAAGUACACCUAUGCAAACACUCCGUGUCGUGACCCGAAGAUUGACCAAUUACGCGAUCUGAUCUCUGACUAUCUGGUCUGCCAUAUUGAGAAGAUUGUACACCAUGUGGAAUUCAUAAAGUUGCUUGAUAAUGGUGACGUGACGAAGGACUUCCUUCCCAAGCUGGUGGCACUACGGUUGGAUUGA